AUGAAGUUAUUACUUGAAACAUUAUUUUUUAUUAUAUUUUUUUCUUUUAUUGUAUUUCUUGUAUCAACAUCACCAACAAAAAACGUUAAUAAAAAAGAAGAUAAUUUCUUAAAUGUUCCAAUUGAAUCAAUUAAUAAAUUGAAAAAGGAUAACAGACCUAAAAUGAUUCGGCAAAAUGCUUUUGACAAUGACACUAACCGUUUUUAUAUUAGUAACAUAAAUUUAUCUUAA